CCCGCCAUGGGCCUGAGGAAGAAAAACAAAAAUCCCGCUGUUUUAAGUCAUGAGUUCGUGAUCCAGAACCAUGCGGAUAUCGUGUCGUGUGUGGCGAUGGUGAUCCUACUGGGGCUGAUGUUUGAGGUCACAGCUAAGUUUGCCAUCAUGUUCAUCACUGUGCAGUACAAUGUUACAUAUCCUUCUACAGAGGAGAGGAGCAGUUCUGAUUCCAUCAGCUUCUAUGAGUAUGGGCUUAAAGAUUUGGCUACCAUAUUUUUCUACAUGUUAAUAGCUAUCAUUCUGCAUGCUGUGAUCCAAGAGUACAUUCUAGAUAAAAUCAACAGACGACUGCAUUUGUCCAAAACAAAGCACAGUAAAUUCAACGAAUCCGGCCAACUGGCAUUUUUCUACCUGUUUUCCUUUAUCUGGGGUGGAAGCAUCCUGACUGGAGAAGAAUUCACAACUGAUCCUACACUCCUAUGGGAAGGAUACCCCCAUUCACACAUGUUUUUUCAGGUGAAAUUUUUCUAUGUUUGCCAGAUCGCCUAUUGGCUUCAUGCUUUACCAGAGCUGUACUUUCAGAAAGUUCGAAAGGAGGAUAUCCCACGGCAGCUGUACUACAUUUGCCUUUACAUAUUCCAUAUCACCGGGGCCUAUAUCUUAAACUUACACCGACUGGGGCUGAUUCUUUUGGUGCCACAUUACUUGGUUGAGCUCUUGUUUCAUGCAUCACGUUUGUUCUACUUCAGCGACGAAAACAAACAAAAAGGCUUUACACUCUGGGCUCUGCUUUUUGUAAUGGCUCGACUUCUCACAUUGACUCUAUCUGUCUUGACCUUUGGUUUUGGCCUUGCAAGAGCGGAGAAUCAAGGCUUCUCUGUAGCAUCUGGAAAUUUCAACACAUUGACUGUCAGGAUUAGCUGCUUAGCAGCCAUCUGCCUAACACAAGCCUGGAUGAUGUGGAAGUUCAUUAACUUCCAGCUGAAAAAAUGGAGAGAACACACUCAGAAUCAGAUCCCCAAAAAGAAAUUAACCAAUACUAAGAGCAAACCUUCAAAAAAGGAAACUAGCAAGGCGAAUGCGGCUAAUGGAACAGUGAAGUCGGAAGGUGGAACAUCACCACGUGCAAGAAAAGCAAAAGCUUUGUGAAGCUGGAUUUUCAGUUUGGGAAAUGUUUUGAAGGACUGUGAUAUUCACAAAUCUGUUGUCUCCUGCCUCACUCCUAAACCACUUUAUUUUUGAUUGGAGGUGAGCAAAGAAAUUGCUGGCUCAACUGUUCACGAGGCUGUGCUUUUUUCAACAUCAAUAAUGUGGUGCAAGAUGUGACUUCUAUGCAGUCUUCUGUCCCAAGUAAACCAUUUAGGUGAAAAAUCCUCAAAAAAGUUUUAGUUAUUGGCCAGUCUAUUUAGUUAAAACCCCAUUGCUAAAUGGCCAGCUCUCGUGAGUUACCUGCAGUUUCCUUGCUCUUUCAGUUUGGGAUCGAGCUCCGAGGACAUCAGAGUGAAGGGCAAGUGGUUGGGUAAUUGGGAUGAGGUACAAAUCAGCCAAUCAGAUGCCUUCACCAAAGGCUGUUACAGUCCACGUUGUUAGUGCGACAGACUUGAAUCUUGGGAGUUUAUACGUCAAAACAAACAAUCUGUUGAGAAUUAAUACGAUGAAGAAUGUCUUAUUACCUGCAGAUUGGGCCUUUCGUAGCAUUAUUGAUUACCCUUGCAGUUUUUCCUUUUUCUCUCCUCUCCCCCAACCUGUUGUGCAGUUUGGAUUUCUGGGAGAUAUAAACACCCCAAACCUUAAACCAUGAAUGAAGUUCAAGAAUAAAGUUUUGGUGUAUUUCUUUGUAUUGAACUUCUCAUGACACCUGCAGAAAGCAAAAUUCAACCUCACUCACCCUGGUUAUUCAUAACAUAGUAGUUUAAACAUUACUACUAAAGAUGUGUUCACAGAAUCAUUACAUCCCUGCUGAUAAAAUGGGAUAUUAUUAAAUAGUGUUUAUUCCACUGGUAAUUAUUUAGCUACAAAUUAUUUCUCAAGUUGGUUUCAUACGUAAUUGAUUUCUAGUUGCAGAGUGCCUACAAUUUAUUCAUACUCCAGGGUGAGGUUUAUAUUUAUUUGAUAUACUGUAUAUUUUUUAAGGAUCAGUAAAUGUUGCCAUUUGUACCGUGAAUUUUAUUUGAGGUUUAGUUUUUGUUUCAGGUGACUUCUGGAGAGAAGCCGUGUGCAUAUGCUUGACCUCCGCUCGACCAAAUUUCUUAUUCAAGUGUCCUUGAUGUGAAAGUUAUUUUUUAAAAAAAAUCAGUCAAAACCACUGUGUGAUACUAAUUACAAUAAUGUCAGUAACUCAGCAAAACAGCGAGGGGGUCAUUUUUAAAAAAAAGUAUGCGUUAAAUGAGCAAAUCGGUCAGUUUUUCUUUGGGUGUUUAAGAUGUUCUUUUAAUUGCUUCAAGCCUGAGUCAGCAUAGCGCUUUGCCCAUAGAUGCAUGAUGGGGGCUGUGCCUUAACAUUGACAGAAAUGUCAUCAACUUCUGUAGUCUUAACAUAAAGGCAUCAAAGUUUAACAACUGUGUUGAGUCUGUUUCACUGUCUGUUCCUUUGUCUUGAGCAAAAGCAAAUCUUUUCUGUGUUUUAUGUUUUUUGAAAAAAACAUCUUAAUCAAAGAAAAAUGUAUUUUGCUGUUUAUGAUGUGGGUUCUGGAGCCAGCUAAAUGGGGUGUGCCGCCAAAACUAUUUACAUGACUGAGUUACAGUAUUUCAAACAUUGACCUCAAUAUGUUUCAUGAGUGGAAAAACUACUUUGCCCAGUAUAGAUAUCUUUAUAAAGUACAAGUAAAUGUUCUAAGGCUGAUACUCUUUAUACACAUGUAUUCUCUUUAGCUCAAGCCCAUACUUACAGGCUCUUCAAACUUUUUAAUUUUUUAAAUAUAUAUAUACACACACAGAGUGAUUUCUAUUUGAAAGAGGAAUUCCCUUUAUACUGACUGUUUAGGGAUAUUCUGUAUAUACAGUCUCCAGUCUCCAAAGUCUCCGUUCAGUCUCCAAAUUUAAAUUUCCCAAAAAUCCCACUUUGUGGGUAAACUUUCUGGAACUAUGAAAUGCCUCAUUAAUUUGUUAAAUAUUCUAUCUUAUUCUUUUGGAAAAUAAAUGAAUAAUGUCCAGGAUGUAAUGUUUGGAGGCAUAUCUAUAUACAAAUGCUCUAAUAAACAUCAAUCAUUUUCUGCUUGUACCAAACCAUUUGUAGCAAACGAUCAAGUACACAGGCUGGCCCAACUAUCUACCAAACCACUGUUAGUAUAUGUGCUGCUGAAGCAACAACAGUACUCAAUCACUGGUGACAUUACACUUAUUUGGCUGUGUGGUGAAUUGUCAAGUGUGGACUUGUGGGUCCAACUGUCUACUUAAUUACUAAUGUCUACAACCAUUUUCUUUAUGAAAUCUGCUUAUAUGUACAAAAUUGAUGGUAAAUGCUCAUACAUACACAUCCAUGUUUUACAGAUGUGUGUAUCAUAUCACACAUGGAUCCAUCCAUCUGUCCUGAAUCACUACAUACAGAGGCAUCUGUAGUGAAUCAACUUUUGUGUGCAUACUUGUCAGCCUUUACCGCAUCAUUUUGCAAACUCACCUCUAUAAUUGAAUCACUGAAAUAAACCGCCCUGUUUUUUUUCAUUUUUCUGUGCAAAUAGAAAGUUAUGUUUUUGUAUUGUUACCAACAGCCGAAGCAUUCUCUCCCCCCACUCCCUCGGAGGCAAGUAGCAGAACAGGACAGUAAUAUCACUCAAUUCCAAAAUGCCUCAAACUCUUGUGUUUGGGAAAAGAAACAACUCCCGUUAUGACUCGUGGCCCAUCCUAACCACCUUCCUGCUCAUUUGCUCAUAAAUGGAACAUGGUCAUAGAAUGGUUGUAUUUGCGUUCGCUGAAACAUUUGUUCCAGUUUUGCCACGGACAGAACAAUUGAUUUCUUCCCACCCUAUUCAGUAUGGCACUGUGAUCUUGUGUGACUGACAGGACUGCAGAAUAUUGAUUCCACAUGUGAGGAAUGCAGAGAACCUUUGAUGGGUCAAAAAGCUGCAACAUUUCCCAGCUCAAUUUCUUAUGGAAAAUAUUUAAAAAAUGAUUCAAACCAUUUUUUUAAAAAAUGAGCACAAAAGGGAAACGGCAGCUAAAAUAUUUUCAUUGUGCAACAAUGCCCAUUCUGCAGAAUACAGUGAAAAUGGGAAGUGCUGAAUAUCUGAACUGCUAAACUCAAGUCAAGUAAAUGUCACUUUUUAACGCAUUAUGUUGAUCAAUGUAACUAACAGAUCCUUUGUUGGUUUGCUUAGCAUUCAGAUGAAUUCAUGUCCAGAGAAGCUUUUUUUUUCUGCCACUAAACAAGAUGGUUCCCAGUGAUUUUUUUAAAACAAUAAUUUUACAUCUGUCAUUUUAAUAUGCUCUUUUGUGGUUUCCAGUUGCUACUCCCAAACAUUAAGCUGUGAAGGUUUCUGUGAAAGAUGUGUUUGGCAGUAGGGUUUUGUAGGUUGAAUGUACAUUUCUGAUCUGAUGUUAUAAAACCACUAUUUCUGUAAUCUGGAAAUAAAUUUGUUGCCUGAUCUAUCAAA